AUCUUUAUGUAUAUUGACAAAUCAUUGGAAUCAUUGAUGCCAGAGCAAAAGGAAGACGUUGUUAAGGUCAAUCUUUCCACCUAUAAACUGGAUAAUAUCAAUAUCCGCGAAGCGAUACACGAAAGAUAUGACGCCGAGAUAAUUGGGAAAGACUUAUUUAUCAAAUAUGAUGGAAGACAUAAGGUUAAAAUCCAUUUUAAUCUGGCACAUUCGGCUAUGACGCAAAAUCCGAGUUGGGAUGUAAAUAUUGAUAUGAAUUGUGUGAUGGGAGGUAAUAAUUUUCGACCUGAUGUUGGCAUUUGGUUUCAGACCCCAACAUUUGCACAAAGUUCAAGACCCAUUGCCAACUCGUGCCCACCUCCAAACGUAUGGAUAGAGGUUUUCUAUAACAGAGAUCCAGAUCGUAGUCACGCUUUAUCUAAAAUUGAUUUGAUUCAGCAACACUUGACCAACAUAGAAUAUAUCGGAAUCGCUAUCCCCUAUGCAGUCAAUCCAAUUCACCAGAACCAAAAUCCCUGGAUAGUUACGACACCUGCAACUCCAACACCCGAAAUGCCUGCCAGAACCCCAUAUAUAAUCCAUUUGCGGGAUGUGAAUAGCAUUCUGGUUUAUUAUAGAAUGGACUGGAAUGAACACCUAGUCCUUAGAUGUGGUUGGAGAAUUGAAUUUAACAUUGUGCUUAAU